AGAAUGUAGUCUCUUCUGGCUUCCCAGGCGUGUCUGCCCCCCUGAAGCUUUAGCUUUCCUUCUCAAGGGAUUUGGGUGCAGAGAACUGUUGACCAGGCCCCUCAGGUCCGGGCCGUGUCUGGACUGCGGGGGACCUGCUGCUUGAGUGUCCCUAUCUUCCAGUUCCCAGAGGCCCUAUCCAGUUUCUUCUUGGGCCAGAGAUGUGGGCGGGGGGGGGCAGUAUUGGUGGUGUUUCCUGCUCUUCAGUCUCAGGAGUGCCCACCUGUCAGGGCAGUGAGCUCUCUCUCCCUAGGGUUUGGGAGCAAUCUUUAAUAUCCAUUUUUGUGUGUGUGUGUGUGUGUGUGUGUGUGUGUGUGUGUGUUUUAGUAGCUGAUUACAAGAAUGAACCAAGUAUACUCUUCAUAUUAAUACACCACCUUCUUUCAGAAAAGUUAGAAGAAUCUAUUGGAUAUUCAUUUAGGAGAAAAAGCAAUAGAGGAGCCUUGAAGACUAUGAAACACUGUAGAAAGUAUGAAAAUUAUGAUUUGAAGGUUACAUCCUUUGCCUUACUCCCAUAUUUGAUGACCCAAAAUGUGUUUGAACAUGGUUUUUGUCUUGAUUGGGUAAUCUGCUAUAAGACAGACAUUUGGCCUGAUGAGACAAUCAUGCAAUUUAAGCUAUGAUAAAUAGAUGCACAUUUAAAUGAUUUCUUUCUGGAUGUAUUGAUGUGGUUAAACUUGUCUAUCUCAGGUGAAAAGAACAUGGCUUCUGAACACUUGCCGAUGGGGAUUUUGUUCUUUUCUCAAAUAGCUGUGGGGAUCCUUGGCAAUUGGUCAAUUCUUCUUCAUUAUGUCAUGUCUGUAAUCACUGGAAAAUGUUUGAUGCCCAAAGAUCAGAUUUUAAAGCAUCUGACUUUAGCCAAUUCCUUGGUUAUUAUCUCAAGAGUAACACCUCACAUAAUAGUACAGCUGGGGUUGCAGUAUCUCCUGGAUGACCUCUUAUGUAAGUUUACUCUCUACAGCAAUAGAGUGUCCCGGGGUGUUUCCCUGCACUGCACCUGCCUUUUGAGUUGCUUCCAAGCAAUCACAAUCAGCCUCAGCCACUCCAGGCUGAUGACACUUACACACUCUGUCUCCAAAUACAUGAUUCAGUUCUGCUCUCUAACUUGGCUUCUACAUCUGUUUCUAAGCAUCAAGACAGCUGUACAUGUAAUUGGACCAAAUAGUAACAAAAAUUUCACCAGAAAAAUCAAGUUGGGGUACUGUUCAGCAUUUGCUUUUGGUAAUAGUGUUACUGGACUACAUUUGUUCUUUGUUUGUUUCACUGACUGUGUGUAUCUGAGCCUCAUGGUAUGGGCCAGUGUCUUCAUGGUGAACAUUCUCUAUAGGCACAAGAGUCAGCUACAGUACAUUCACAGUACCCAGCAUUCCUUCAGAGUCUCUCCUGAAGACAGAGCCACAAAAACUAUCUUGAUUCUUGUGUUCACCUUUGUCCUCUCCUACUCAAUGUCCUUCAUACUUGUUAUCUAUACUGUGGUUUUUGACAAUCCAAGGCUGUGGAUAAUAAACAUAUUUGCAUUCUUAGACACAUGCUUCCCCACAUUUUGCCCCUUCAUCCUUAUCAGUAAUAACCAAUCUACUUCCAAGGAUCCUUUUCCCUGCUGUAGCAGAAGAAAAUUUACAAUAGUCACUUGUGUGUUAUGAUAGAUUCAAAUAGUCUUUCAUCAAUUAUUGGAUAUUAGACUAACUCACAACCAGUUAUUAUUAAGCAAAUCAAUGGCUCUGUAAAUUAAGUAUUGUCGACUGUUAUAUCUGUCAUAAUUCUGGCUAAACAAUUAUAUGAUACUAAGAUACCUCUUUGUUUUCAUUCAAAAUACUCUGAAAUUAGAGGCAUCAAAGAAUUUCUUAUGCCUUCAGGUAGCCAAGCAGGUCUUGAGGUAUGAACUUCUGUGUAGGCACAUGUCAGAGUCUUGUCUUACUGCUUCAACUGAAUGGAAGAAAAGCAGAGUAAGUGAAACAUGGAUCUCUGGCAACUAUUGUUUUUGUGUAUGUAUCAACUUCACUUAUGUUUUGCAUAUGAUCUUAUUUUCUGGGCAGAUGGUUCCACCUCCAGAUUCCCCUAUUGGAAGAAGAAUCAAGUAAUGCCUAUUUACAUUGAUUACUGUUUUUCUUAGAGUUACACUUGAAGCCACAGAUACUCCCUAGCCAUCCUUAUCCUACUGUGCACCAUUGUCAACUGAUACUCAGUUACUUGUGCCCUGUUCCUCUGUAUGACAGUCUGAGACAAUGCACAGCUAUGGAAAGUAAACUAUAUCUCUACAGACAUUCCUCCAUAUUUUAUCCCAUUGCACUCAUGAGUGUUACCUAAUUUGUCUUCACACUUUUGUUUUCCUCCCAUAGAAGAGUUACUUUUUAAAAUUUCUCAAUGUGUCACACAUUCUGUUGAACCUGUUCAUGGAUAUAUCUAUUUGUUCCUUCAUUCAUCGUGUAUGUAUUUGGACACAUGAUUGUUAAUGCUGAAAAUGCCAAGAUCUAAAAUCAGCUAGAAAACAAACAUGUGGAGAUGUCUUUGAGGGAGCAUCUAAGUUGGAUUAAUGGAUGUAGGAGGACACAAUCUAAUUCUGCAUAGCAGUUAAUCCAUUGUUUAAGUGUCUUAGGCUGAAUAAAAUGAGGAAAAUUGAGAACCAGCAUGCAUCUGUCUCUGCUCUCUGACUACAGAUGCAAGGCGUUCUGCUGCCUCAGCCUCCUGAUUCCAUGACUUUCAUUCCAUAUGAACUGUAUCCUCAAACUUCAAGUUAAAAUAAACCACUCCAAAAUUAGGUUGACUUUGUCAUUUUUCAUCAGAAAAAUGUGAAAAUUAACAAGGAUAAAUAAUUCAGUAACUUCUUAAAUUACGCUGAUUAAAAUCGUACAGGUCAUCCCAAUGGCCAAAGCAUAUUCAAUGAGAGAUAAAUUCUGAGGAUUUCUUUUGUCUCUUCACAUUUCUUUGACAUAGAUGUUACAGUGCCUUCUAGCAGAUGCUGACACUUAAUGCAGUUUGUGGGUGAUUGUCAACUCAGGCUGAUCCCCCAGGUCUUAGGACAUUAUGCAGCAUGAGGUCAAGAGUUUUAUAACUUAGGUGAGUAAGACAUACUUAGAAUUUCAGUAUUGCAUAUUCAUGAGAAAAAAUCCAUAACACAGAGAAGACAAAACUAUUUCUUCUUCUCUAAAGUGAAAGAAAUACAAAUUUAAACAAUGUCUAAAUACAUUGAAAUCAAUGAUAAUAAAUAAUUUUAUUCAGUGUAAAAUUGAGAGGUUUCCUACCAUGAUUUUUAAGAUUUAAGUAAUUCUCAUCUGAUCAUAUCUAAGUCUGUUGAAGUACUUUUUUCUUCUUCCACUUCUUCUUUUCACUAAUUUAUAUGUUCCCAGAGGAGGGGGCAAUUGAAGCCCAUGUUUGUGUCUAGAUAGUUGGAUUAUGUGAAAGAAUUGGAUAGGUUGUUGAGAUUAAUCAGUUCCACAAUUUCCUAGAUAGUAGAAGUCUACAUAAGGUGAGUAUCAUUUAGAGAAGAAUGUGUUGAAAAGUUGAAUGUUGUUUCUAAUGUUGCAGGACAAUAAUUCUGGCAUUGUGCAGGCUGAGACAAGAAGAUUGCUGUGAAUCUGAGGCAAGUCUAGGGAAGACAGUGAGCCUGAAACAACUCUAGGUUACUUUCUGAGACCAAGUGACCCAAAACAACAAAACCAAAUAAAGCAUUUAAAAAUACCCCGCCAGAACCAUAACCAACAAAAAUUUUUGAGGAUCCAUAAUUAAAAUUUUUCCUAGUUAAAAAAUAGUAGGACUCAGUAUUGCCAUUGGUCCUGCUUACCCUCCAGAAUGUGACAGGAAACAAAAUCUAGUACAGACCUGGAACUUCAUACCUAAUGGAUAACUUUCACAGUGCAGGGAAUUCUAUUUAUACUAUGGGAGGAGCAAAAUUAAUCAUCAGUCAUAUCCAGCAGUGACACUGUGCACUGUAACAAUGCCUGCCCUGCUGGGACAUACCCAUGGCAUAAACCUCAUGGGAACAACUAAUAACCUACUGCUUGGAUUUAAAUCCUGCUCUAGAAGCUUGAAACCAUAUUUGGCUGACAGGAGCCAUAAUGGGGCAAGUUAAUAACUAGCAGGUGAUUUCCCUGAGAUGGCCUGCUUCAGAUUGUUAUAUAAUCUGUGACAGGUUUGCCUUCAUUAAGCGAGCUAUAAGGGAAUUCAUUUUACAAAAGAUUCCUGCUAUUAAUAUCUGUUAUUAUUAAACAUAUAU